AUGGGUCUUCUUCUUUGGAUUGAUUCAAUAAAUGCUACAAAGGUACAAAACAAAGAUGAUAAUGAUGAUUCCACAUCAGUGAAAAUAUUGGAUAAUGAUCAAGAUGAUGCGAUGUCACUACUCGACAAACGAGCUACAGAACACAAUAAUCAAUUUCGUGAUGCAUAUCCAAGUAUUAUGUUGGGCAAACAUCGAUUUGGAUCACGUGGUGUUCGUCUUCCAGCUGAAUCGAUUCUUCUUGGUAAACGUCGUUUACCUGUUGAAUCUAUUCUUCUUGGUAAACGUCGCUUGCCUGUUGAAUCUAUUCUUCUUGGUAAACGUCGUUUACCUGUUGAAGCUGUACUCUUAGGUCGACGUAGCUUACCUGAUGAAGAUGCUGUUCAUAGCGAACGACGAUAA